AUGUCAAACAUGUCCAGUGCCAAGACAAUGAGUUUCCUUGUGCUCCUUGUGCUCCUCCUCAGCACCAUCAUGGUCAAGGCAGCAUCUUUUGAUAUUGACUCGCUACUCGCUGCUCAUGCCAGUGAAUAUGCCUAUGACACCACUGACCGUAUUGGUCAAGUAUUCAAAGCACGAGAUGCGGGUAGUCAUGUGAUAGCCGAGUUACAAUUAGUGCAAACCAUUAAACAUCCUGCUGGUGCUUGGUGUAAGACCUAUGUCGUGAAAAAUCGAGAUACUGUCAUUGUUUCCUAUCGUGGAUCCAAGACUGCCAUCGAUUGGGCCAAUAAUUUAAAUGUUGACUCUGAGCCAGCCUAUCUCGGUCCAUCAUCAUCCCACGCAGGAAAUGUUCAUGAAGGAUUUUGGGAUAGCUAUUCAUCCACCAAGUCGAGCAUGAUUUCCUAUCUCAGCAAACUCUUUGGUCCAAACACGAGAAUUAUUUUCACUGGUCAUUCACAAGGAGGUGCCGUUGCCAUGAUUGCUGCUCUAGAUUUUGCAUUCCAUCAUCCAUCAAUGAAUCAAAAUGUAAAAUUAAUUACCUUUGGUCAACCUCGUACUGUCAAGUCUGAUUUCUUGAAAACAUUUAAUAAUUACAUCAAACAUUAUACUCGAUUUGUUAUUUUGGCAUCUGAAAGUAUUAAAGAUUGGAUCACAGGUCGAGUCGUGAUUACUCCUGCUCAAGAUGAUAUCGUGACCACAGUACCACCAAAGAUUUUUGGAUUCCAACACGCUGGUCAUCGCAUUGAUUUAACUUGUCCUGUGAGAGGACUUGUGAAAUGUCAUGAUAUGACCUUUUAUUUGUCAGCUUUUAAAACAAAAUUAGGAGUCAUUUCAUCUUUACCACAAUAA